AUGGUGAUCGACAAAGUGCACGGUCUGCAAGCGACCAAUAUAACCCUCAAUGAUAGGUUCACGUUAUUGGCGUCUACAGCGCCUAUAGCUCGAGUUAUGAAGCCUCGGAGGCGGCCUUCUGGACUUUUCUCCCUGAACCAGAACAUAAAUGACCGUGUUCUGCUGGAUCAGAUCGCCAACAGAUUGGGUCAAGCUAAAAGGCAAGCAGUAAGACAGCGACUUGGGAUACCUGGCUUAAGACGUUUUGGUAGCGAGAGCAGUCUCAUAGGGCUCCAGCGAUCCAACAGCUUUAGUAACCUAAGUCAAAGCAGUGUUAAGAAGAGAGUGGCAUGGAGACAGUCAAAUGGAAAUCUCAACCGUUCAGCUUCCUUCAGCAACUUGUCUCAAGGCUUUUGGAGAGGACGGGGCUUUAGGCGUCGUGGAGGACGUAUGGGCGUCAUGAGAGGACGGAUAAGAGGUCGUGGUCGUGUGGGGCAACUAGGGGCAAUGCGUACAAGAGGUCAGCGUGUAAAGCAAAGAGGCGUUCCUGAAAGAGGUCGAGGUGGCAGAGGAGCUGGCAGAGGAACUGGCAGAGGAACUGGUCGAGGAACUGGCAGAGGAAGGGGUAGGGGUGGAGGUGGUGUAACCAGACAACAAAAAGCAGUACCUACAAAGGAAGAAUUAGAUUUGCAGCUCGACCUAUAUAUGGCCAGUACUAAGUCAGCACUUGAUAAAGAACUUGACAACUAUAUGAAGAAUGCUAUGGAGCUCGAAUAGCAGUGAAAUAUGUGUUAUACGGACAGUAAUGUACUUUAAUAUUCGGUUACUAUAUUCAGAAAACGAUUUGUUUUGCUUACGAGCCGUUAAGUUUAGAAAAUAUGUGGUUUGAAAUUUAACAUAUCCUAUGCAAAACUAACCGUUUUCUCACUAAGUGAUUUAAAUCAUACCGGCGCGCAGUGCUUUGCGUCUGUUAAUACAAUGUUCCAUUUGUAACGAAAUGUACAGACAAGUAUGUUUCUUUUUUACUUUAAACUACAUAGUAAAUAUGUCGUUUUUUUUUUCAAAAUUUAAAUAAAUAUAAAAUGUGAAAACUUU